CGUCGAUAUGAGUAUAAAAAGCAAUUGAUAUUUUCUGCUGAUCGUCAGUUGAUUUGUAAUUCAGAUUCAGUGUGGAUCACGUUCGCCAGUUUGUGUUGAGUGUAAUAUUGUCCUUAGACGGGAAAAUUUAAAUUUUUCAUCCAAAAAUGUUCAAAGUUAUUAUUUUCGUUGCGCUCGUAAUUGCUUCGGUGUUUGGAGCACCAGCACCGGCUCCAGCUCCUGCCCCAGCACCUAAACCACAUUAUGUAUCGUCCGUACCAUUCGGAUAUUCAGCAUAUGCAUCACCAUAUAUUGCAUCACCCUAUGUCGGAUCAUACGUAUCGCCCUAUUCGUAUGCUUAUGGCGGAUAUAGUCCUCUUGCCGUUGGAGGAAUUGGAGGAAUUGGAGCAUAUGGAGCUUAUGGAGCAUAUCCGUAUGCCUUCUAUUAAAUGAAUUUACUUAGCCUGAAUUUUACUUGUAACAAAUUAACCAUAAACAAAGCCAUUUGAACCGAAUUUCAGUUGAAUUUUUAAGCCAAAAAUAUUUUCAAUUUUUCACUGAU